AUGGCAUUUGGCCCAAGCAAAGCAGAGGAGGAAGAUUAUGAGGACGUCCCUAUAAAUAAAACAUGGGUUUUAUCACCAAAGGUCUACGAGAGCGAUGUCACCCUUAUCCUAAACAAAUUACUGCAAGGUUAUGACAACAAACUGAGACCGGAUAUCGGAGUGAGACCGACAGUGAUUGAGACGGCAGUGUACGUGAACAGCAUAGGCCCAGUAGACCCCAUCAACAUGGAGUACACCAUAGACAUCUUCUUUGCUCAGACGUGGUACGACAGCAGACUCAAAUUCAACAGCUCAAUGAAACUCCUCAUGCUCAACAGCAACAUGGUCGGAAAAAUCUGGAUUCCUGACACGUUUUUCCGCAACUCACGUAAAUCUGACGCCCACUGGAUCACCACACCCAAUCGCCUUCUGCGGCUCUGGAGCAAUGGAAGAGUCAUGUACACUCUAAGGUUGACAAUUAAUGCGGAAUGCUACCUUAAGCUGCAUAACUUUCCCAUGGACGAACAUUCGUGCCCUUUGGAGUUUUCGAGCUAUGGGUAUCCAAAGAAUGAGAUCCAGUAUAGAUGGCAGCGUCGUUCUGUUGAGGUUGCAGACCAGCGGUACUGGAGGCUUUACCAGUUUGCCUUUGUGGGAUUAAGAAACUCUUCUGAUGUGGCAAACACUCAGUCUGGUGAAUAUGUGGUUAUGACCAUUUUCUUCGACCUGAGCCGGAGAAUGGGCUACUUCACCAUCCAGACCUACAUCCCCUGCAGUAUGAUUGUGGUUUUGUCAUGGGUCUCUUUCUGGAUUAAUAAGGACGCUGUACCAGCCAGAACAUCAUUAGGCAUCACAACUGUGCUCACCAUGACAACAUUGAGCACCAUCUCAAGGAAGUCCUUGCCGAAGGUGUCAUAUGUGACGGCCAUGGAUCUGUUCGUUUCUGUGUGCUUCAUCUUCACCUUCGCUGCCCUGAUGGAAUAUGGGACUCUGCAUUACUUUACAAGCAAUCGACAGAACAAGAAGACCAAGUCAAGCCAUGCACAGAAACCCAGCAUGGUUAACAUCAGACCGGGGACAUCUCUGCUGCAAAUGAACAAUAUUGCUCCCUACCACGAGGAUGACGAUUACGCGUAUGAGUGUCUGGAUGGAAAAGACUGCACCAGUUUCUUCUGCUGCUUCGAUGACUGUCGCUCCGGAGCUUGGCGUGAGAACAGAAUGCAUGUCCAUGUCUCCAAAAUCGACUCUUACUCUCGAAUAUUCUUCCCAACCGCCUUCGGCCUUUUCAAUCUUGUCUACUGGAUUGGAUAUCUGUAUCUUUAAAGAUGUUGAGCAAGUGGGAGAAGGACUCUAGUAAUAUCGCAAAUCAUCUGUAAAUACUUCAUCUGCUAAAUCCAGCAGCAUAAAUCUUUGAGGGAAGGGACAUAUGAAGCUUGUGAGGUUGGAUGUAUUAAUACUUAAUGUGUCUUUAAUCGUACCGGGUAUGUGAUUUAUUAGAGGUUUAAAUCUUGAAAGGAUGAUUACAAUGAUUACUAUACAGCGUAUUACCAGCGAUAUCAUUGUUUUUGAGAAGGAAAUGCAAAUAGUUUGAUUUUCCAUCAGUUAAGCUGGCCAUAUCAAACAGAUUUCAGCUAUAUUGCCUAGUUUAAAAGCCACAAAAAUCAGCAGAUUUUAAAAAAGAAAUGCAAUAUUAGUGUUACCACUGCAGCUGUGUUAUCUUCAGGUUGUUAUCUCUCUAGCUGAAGCAAAAUUAUUAUUUGCAAUGAACAGUAGAUAAGAUAUUAGUCGCUUCUGAUGCAAAUUUUCCAAGAUAGUAGAUAGAAUAGCUAGCUGUGAGAAAAGUAGUAGCCUAUUUGUGCAUAUUAAUCAGAAUUUCUUAUUUUAAACUUACAGUAAAAAUCGGGCUGGGAUAUAAAUGCUCAUUUCAUGAUUUUAAUUGAUUCUAAUUUGAAUGAAUCAACAAUACGCCAAAACACCACCUAAAGAAGAUUUGUGUGUGAAAUUAUGGCUCUUGGGAAAGUCAACAGCUGACUGCACUUUGAGAGUCAAAAAAAAUAUAUGUACAGGAGAAACAAAAUGAAUACAAACAUGACCUUAGUUCUUUUUUUUUUUACAUUGGUCUGUGAAAGAAACAGAACUUUAAUAUAUUAAAUCAUCAUCUUUGAUGUAAAUUAAUAGCAUUUUCUGGGGGAGAAAUCCCAAUAAUCUUUAUGCCAAGUCUAAUUUUGUCCAAUUCGUCAAGUCCAAUAAAUCACAAUAAGCUUAUAUGAAGAAUGUUUUAAUGAGGUUAAGAACCCUUCUGCAAUGAAAAGUUCCAAGAAUGGUGAAGGUUCUUUAAAGCACUUCUAAUUUACCAAAAAAAUUAUGUAGUUAUUGUUUUAAAACACUAAUUUAGAUGCAAAUAGCAUAUCCAUCUGACUUAAUUUAAACAAUUAAAAAUAUAGCAAUGUACGAGUAUGUACUGUAAUGUGUACUAUUAGUUACUAUGUUUAGAACUAAAAUGUGAACUUAAAAAAUACACAAAGGCAACUCAUUCAAUUUAUCAUUAUCCAAUGAAUAGCAGAAAAUAAUCUAAUUGCAAGCUUGUGAAUUGAAUCAAAUCAUGAAAUUUGUGUCAAUUCCCAGCCCUACUUGCCUACUUUUUUGUGAAUUUGCAAUACCUGCAUUUAAACAAACCAAAGCAUUGAUACAUAUAUCCGGAGGUUAUGUGAAUAGCAUUUUGUUCUGCUCAAGAGUUACCCAGAAGCCAUUUACUUGGAAUUAGCCUAUAAUGAUACUGUGAAAUGUUCUUGACUUGAACUAAUAAGCUGUCUCUGCAAUAGACGACACAAAGAAAUGCCAAUGUGCCCAUGAUAAAAGGGUCCACGUGUACAUUUUUAUAUAUCAAACAAAAGGAAUAGAGCGGCCUAUACAAUUCACAAAUGUUCAGUGUCCUUUCAGUACAAAUUAGAGCUCAUCCUUCUCUUUCGUAUUCAAGACAGCUCCUUGCGAACAGCUAGAUUUCUGUGAGCAUAAUUGCAUGACUCAUCUGAGCUCCUACGGCUAAUCAAACCAUAUUUGGAAAACGGCCUGAUGGACUUUCUUCCGCAGAAGAGCUCAAGUCAGAGCCGUCACACAAAUUAUCAAAACUAAAGCAUUUGUAAAUCAUCACACAAACCAAUGAUGCCUUUUCUAUUGGAAAUAAAAGGCCAUUUAGUAUAGAGACACUUUACUUGAAGGGGGUGUUCAUAAGACUGUUGUGAUACAUUCAUAAUCAUAGCAUGACACCUCAUGAAUAUGAGUGAGGUAUUUGUGCUUAUGACAAAGUUAUUAAGUGUGAUUUGCUCUGUUGUGUCAUUUUAAAUGCAAAGGUAACAUUGCUUGAGAUAUUUGUCAUGACAACUUGACAUAAAUCUGUCAUAAACAUGAUUGUCAUGAAGCCAUUAUACACUCACUGUCCACUUUAUUAGGUACACCUUUUACUAGUAUCGGGUUGGAACCCCUUUUGCCUUCAGAACUGGCUUAAUCCUUUGUGGCAUAGAUUCAACAAAGUAUGGAAAUAUUCCUCAGACAUUUUGGACCAUAUUGACAUGAUAGCUUCACGCAGUUGCUGCAGAUUUGUUGACUGCACAUUCAUGACGCGAAUUUCUUGUUCCACCACAUCCCAAAGGUGCUCUAUUGGAUUGAGCCUGGUGACUAUGGAGGCCAUUUGAGUACAGUGAACUCAUUGUCAUGUUCAAGAAACCAGUCUGAGAUGAUUAGCUGCUGGAAGUAGCUAUCAAAAGAUGGGUACACUGUGGUCAUAAAGGGAUGGAUAUGAUCAGCAACAACACUCAGGUAGGCUGUGGCAUUGACACAUUGUUCAAUUAGUACUAAUGGGGCCAAAGUGUUCCAAGAAAAUAUCCCCUACACCAUUACACCAGCAGGCUGAACCGUUGAUACAAGGCAGAAUGGAUCCAUGCUUUCAUGUUGUUGAUGCCAAAUUCUGACCCUACCAUUCGAAUGUCACAGCAGAAAUUGAGACUCAUCAGACCAGGCAACGUUUUUCCAGUCUUCUAUUGUCCAAUUUUGGUGAGCUUGUGUGAAUUGUAGCCUGAGUUUCCUGUUCUUAGCAGACAGGAGUGGCACCUGGUGUACUAUUCUGCUUCUGUAGCCCAUCCGCCUCAAGGUUGGAUGUUUUGUGCAUUCAGAGAUUCUCUUCUGCAUACCUCGGUUGUAACGAGUGGUUAUUUGAGUUACCGAUGCCUUUCUAUCAGCUCAAACCAUUCUCCUCUGACCUCUGGUAUCAACAAGGCAUUUGCGCCCCUACAGAACUGCCACUCACUGGAUAUUUCUCUAUAAACCCUAGAGAUGGUUGUGCGUGAAAAUCCCAGUAGAUCAGCAGUUUCUGAAAUACUCAGACCAACCCGUCUGGCACCAACAAACAUGCCACAUUCAAAGUCACUUAAAUCACCUUUGUUCCCCAUUCUGAUGCUCGGUUUGAACCGCAGCAGAUCAUCUUGACCAUGUCUACAUGGCUAAAUGCAUUGAGUUGCUGCCAUGUGAUUGGCUGAUUAGACAUUUGCAUUAACAAGCAGUUGGAUAGGUGUACCUAAUAAAGUGGCCGGUGAGUGUAUUUUGCCAUGCUUAUUUUUCUGAUCACUUUUUUUAAUGUGUAACAAUCUAGAUUUUUUAUUGAAAUGUCUGAUUAAAUGUGUCAAUACUCUAUCAAAGAAAUUUAUAACGGCGACAUUAAAAUUUAAUCACAUGUAAUGACAUUUUUAAUAACAAAUUCAAAUUGGGAUUAAGAAAAAUAUUAAGAAAGCUGUUACAAAAUUCAUGACAUAAUUUUAAUAGCCUCAUGACAAUCACGUUUAUGACAGAUUUAUGACAAGUUAUGGCAAAGACAUGUCAAACUAUGUCAUCUUUGGAUUUUAUAUGAUAUAAUCGAGCAUAUAAUCGACACUUAAUCACAGGUGUCAUAAGCCUGCAUAAAUUAUGAUUAUAGCGGGUUCAUUACAGUCUUAUGAACACCCCUUCAAAUAAAGUGUAGCCGAUUUACCUUAUAUUUGGUUCACUCUGAUCUUAUAUUUGAGAAACAGAUGUGCCAUAUCUUAACUCUCAAUACAUCUGUACGCAAACGUCUUGAUCUUCUGUUGUGCUUUCAGCUGUUGCUUGUUUUGUUUAACGCUUCCAUGUGGUUUGUCUUUGGCUGGAUGUCAUCUUGAUCACAGACUGCUCUGUUGUCUCCCUGAGAACAUCUGCUGUGUACUGUAUUGUGCCCCGUAGCUUAAUAUAUCCGAUAUUAUUGUCUUUCUUAAUGACAGCCUCGCAUUUCACUUGACUUGAGAGCAACAGGCAGAUGAUAGUAGAAGAAAAAAAAAA